CCGGCGGCGGCAGCGCACUGCAGCUGAGCGACUCUUCGCCGCGCCUGGCCGAGAUCCCCUCGCACAGCCUGGCUGCCUCCUGGACGAGCGUGGCUCCCACCGCCGGCGAAGCGGCGGCGGUCGCAGGGAGUUCCAACGCCUCCCGCGCGGGAUCGCCCGGCGUGGCUGGCCGAGCGCCUUCCCCUGUUUACCCGAUGUGCACCGGCCACAGCCAGACUGAGAUCAAGAAUACUUUCAAGUACAUUAACACGGUGAUCGCUUGCCUGGUCUUCGUGCUGGGGAUCAUCGGCAACUCCACCUUGCUGCGGAUCAUCUACAAGAACAAAUGCAUGAGAAACGGCCCUAACAUCCUCAUCGCCAGCCUGGCUCUGGGGGACCUGCUGCUCAUCCUCAUCGACAUUCCCAUCAACUUGUACAAGCUUCAUGCAGCAAAAUGGCCUUUUGGAAUUGAAUUAUGUAAAUUGUUCCCCUUCUUUCAAAAGACGUCAGUCGGCAUCAUAGUGUUAAGUUUAUGUGCUCUCAGUAUUGAUAGGUAUCGGGCUGUAGCUUCAUGGAGCCGCAUCAAAGGAAUUGGAGUACCGAAGUGGACAGCAGUUGAAAUUGUUCUGAUCUGGGUUGUGUCCCUUGUUUUAGCUAUUCCUGAAGCAAUAGGCUUUGAUAUUGUUACUAUACCUUACAAGGGGCAGAAGUUGUCUACUUGUUUACUUAAUCCCCACCAAGAAUCAUCUUUCAUGAAGUUUUACCAGGUAGCUAAAGACUGGUGGAUUUUUAGCUUUUAUUUCUGUUUACCGCUGGCAAUCACUGCUCUUUUUUAUACUCUGAUGACCUGUGAGAUGUUAAGAAAGAAGAGUGGCAUGCAGAUUGCAUUAAAUGACCAUCUGAAACAGAGACGUGAAGUAGCCAAAACGGUGUUCUGCUUAGUGGUUGUUUUCGCCUUGUGUUGGCUGCCCCUUUAUCUCAGUAGGAUACUGAAGUUUGCUCUCUAUGAUGCACAAAGCCCAAACAGGUGUGAUCUUUUGAGCUUUUUGCUGGUGAUGAACUAUAUUGGAAUCAAUAUGGCAUCUUUGAAUUCCUGCAUCAACCCCAUUGCUCUCUACUUGGUGAGCAAAAGAUUCAAAAACUGCUUUAAGUCGUGCCUUUGUUGCUGGUGUCAUUCCAAAGACAUGCUCUCCCUGGAGGAGAAACAGUCCUGCUUAAAGUUCAGAGCGAAUGACCACGGAUAUGACAAUUUCCGCUCCAGUAACAAGUACAGCUCAUCUUAAACAAGAAAGCUUGACUCAGCUGUUGUGCUAUGUUGCCCGGCUGGGAAGAUAAGGACAGUUAAGCUGAAGACGAUUCUGAAUAGUAGGCGAAAUUGAGAUAUCUGGGAAGAAAGUCUGGGAUUUUCACAAACAUCAAAAUAUUUAUGGAGCACGCUAAUCAUAACUAUGCCCAGUGCUCCUAAUCAUUUGAACCUAAUAUUUCGGGGGUGGGGGGUGGGAGGAACCACCCUUGUUUAAGCACUUAAAUACUUCAAAAUGAUCACUUCCAUAUAAUUCUCAAAUACUGUACGUGAAAUAAUUGUUUUCACCAAGGAGCCCAACUAAUCAUUCUUAGUUUAGAAUUGUACCAUGAUUAUGGUUGGGGCAAUGCCAGCCAUCUCUAUAUACUAUUAUUUAAAAAAAAACAAACCUUUACUUGCCUGUAAAAUUCACAGGUAAGUAUGUAAGUGUAAAAUAUUAUUCCACAUGAAAUGUGCAGGUUGUAGCAUGGUGCAUCUAGGACAUGGACCAUGCUGGUAUAAAAUAGAAUCAUUAAGAAUUUCUACCACAGUAGUAAAGGAAAAAGGACAGUCAGUCUCAAAGCAAUUAGUUCUUAACUUUGGUUAAAGGAUUUUUAAAAAUGUAAACUUUUCAUCUGGAGUGAUAAAUGAGCUUUUUAAAGGCUUCAGCCAUUAACAUCUGAGUCAUCCCCAUCGCUAUUAAAGGCUUUAGUGUUAGUCUUGCACUGCUUGUGACCUACAAUGGUAUAUGUGGCCCAUCUGGAAGGUAUCAGACACCCAAGGCUUCUAGGUCCCACUUUACACAAGCAGCACUCUCUUUGACGUGUCACCAACCGGGGAGACCUCAAUUUCAUUGAGGGAAGGACCAGACAAUAAAAGAACAGGCAGCAUUAGUAUGGUGUGAGUGCAACACGCGGUACCAGCUUUAGACUUCAGCAUCUUGAAACUACCAAGCUUUUGUUGUUGUUCUUUCUGAGAAAAAAAAAAAGUUUCUAGAUCUUAUGGUAAAUGUGUGCAUAAAGUUCAAGAAGCAGGAAAGGCAACAGGAUAAGUUUUCAGUGCUUUGCCUGCUACCUUGCCCCUUCCCAGUGCUGGUCAAACCAAUAUAACUAUGCAAAAUAUGAACCAGUGACAUAAAAUGAAAACAAUUGUGCAAGUUUGCUUAAUUUAUGCAAGAUACAGAAUUGAGCCAUUUUUCUCUCAUCAAAUUUAAAUAGCAUGCACAUAGAAUUCCUUUUCUUUCUUUCUUUCUUUUUUACCAGGCAGCAUUGCCUAGAUUUCAAAUCUUUAUUCUCCCUGACAUAGAGAAGUACAUAGCUCUCUUUCUGAAGAUUCUUAAGAAUGCCUUGCUAUUGUUGUGGCAGGCCAAAUGCCAUCUAUCACAGGAAUUAAGCUACCAUAGGUAUCAGUUUGAGUUAUACUGUAUGUAGAAAAACAGACAGGCCUGUAUUCAGAAGGAAGGUAGGGAAUCCUCCUCCUCUCCUUUCUCUAAAUUUUAAGUUACCUUAACAAGGCAAUAAAAGCUUCCCUACUUUUUUUUUUUUUUUUGGUUCUCCUAAACUUCUAAACUGGCUAUGAAUCUGGUGGUAUCCCUCACCUUUCAUUAUGAAACAUUUCAUUCCAGUUGUGUGAAUUUUCCAUUAAGCCAGAACAAAAGCUAUAAUAAUGAACAGUAAAAUCUGGGCUGGUCCCAUUAUUCAUGCCAUUCAUUCGUUGGAGAGAAGAUCCUGAUAUAAAUACAGUGGUGUUCUGCGCCACAGAUAGAGGAAUUUUAGUUUGUGCUAAUACUGCUAGUUAACAUAGACAUAAACUUAGUAUCAAUAUUAAACAAACAUUAACAUUGUUUUAAGCUAUCGGGGAGGCUCUGUAACAGAAAAUCUCAAACGGAACAGAUUAUGGAAGGCUUCCCUAGAAGAUCUUCAGGUUAUUGUGGCAGGACCCACUAUCAUUAAUGAGCCUGGUAGAGUGAGGUGUCACCCUGAAGAUUAUAUCUGAAGUACUCUUAAAGGAUAGCCUUUUUUUUUCUUUCAUGAAAAAACAAAGAGAUUGUGAUUUGCUGUUCAGAGACAAAAUGUCUUGGACCAAUCUCAUGUUUUGCAGGAAAAAGUGAAAGUAGGAGAGUUUAUUUUUAUGUUUUUUAAAUGGAUUUGCCCAUAUCUGUUUCUGAGAUUAGAAACCUGCAUUGUAGGACUUCUAAAUAAACAUUUAGGGAAUUUGCAUUGUGAGGGAAAGUUCACCUGGAACUUCUCCACUGUGUCAAGAGAUAUUCUUAAAGCUUAUCUUCUUCCGCAAGGGGUUUACAUUAUUAUAGCAUCAUCCACUUUACUUUGACCUCAUUAUAAAGUAACAAAAUGUGACAUGUUUAUUGUUGUCUUCUGUUUGCAUUGCACUGUCAUUUUCAAAAGUUCUGUUUUGCAUCUUAGCUCAUGGGUAGACAGCCUUCAGCCCUCCAGAUAUUUUGUUCUGUUAAGUGCGGGACCUAAACCUUAGCUAAUCAAAUGAUCUAUUAAUAAGUGAUUAUGCAGUACAAAGUUUUAAUUUUGAUCAAAAAUGUUACAUGAAACGGUAAAGCUAAAAAUACAUGGGUAGAAUUCCUAGAUGUCAUUUGGGCAACGUGAAGUCACAUUCUCAAAGAAUUGCACACUUUGAGAUGAAAGUAUUCAUACAGGUGGUAAAGUUAGGUGUUGAUCCUGUACUUACUGUACCUCUGACAGUUGUUCAGUACUAUUCAUUUCCAUUAAUCUGUUCAGUAUUACUGCUAUGUACUAUGUAGCAUUACAGUACUGUACAUAUAUAGUUGUAAUUCUAUUUAAAAUAUAGUUUGUAUUACUAAGCUGUAUGUUUACAUUCAUAUGCUGUAUUGUUACAAUGCACUGUAUUAUGGUUUAAAUCUGUUUUAAAAAUUCCUGUGUAGAAAGCAGUUUUUGUAGAUUCUAACUUGUGAUUAUCCAGUGCAGAGGUUUUAAACAUUUCCUUUUAUGUAGGAAUUUGGCUAUAUGUGAAAUAGAAUUUAGUCAGGUUUAUAUAGCAGAACCGGAAGCUUUGUGCUCCCUAAUUUUUAGCUAUUUGUUCAUGCUAAAUAUAUAAUUAUUAUAUUUCAUAUUUUCCAAUAUUUUUAACAGCA